AUGUCCACCCCCUCGUCAGCAUCCGCCCCCAGCGCCGACCCCGUUCCCCGCUUCGCCGAGCCCCCCAAGACGCCUCCCAACCAGACUCCAGCACACCUAGAGCAGGACCUCGCCGUCGUCCGCGGAACACCCACCAGCGCGCACAAGCCAAAGAGCAUUCUCAAGCCAGCUGCAGCCGGGCCGGACGCCGAGAUGAGCAUGCUGAGUGAGCGGUCUGGAGCGGGGAGGAAGAUGGGUGGGGAGAUGCAGAAGUUUACUAGCAUGUAUGCGAAUGCGUAUGACGAGGAGAAGAAUCCGAAUGGGCUGGUCUCGCUGAAUAUGUUCCGCAAAGCGGCGAACGAGACUUUCGAAGUGGCCGAUAUGGGCUAUGGGGACGGCAUCACGUCCAGCAGGCGUCUCGCUAACGCUAUGAGCUCAUUCUUCAAUGACUAUUUCGACCCGCUCGAGAAUGUCAAGCCUGAGCACAUCAGCUUUGCGAAUGGUUGUACCGCCCUCUUUGACCAGCUUGGUCAUGUCCUCUGCGACGAGGGAGACGCCAUCCUCAUUCCAGUUCCCUUCUACAACGCAUACGCGUGGGACUUCUCGAUCCGAACCAAAGCCAAAGUCGUCCCUGUCCCCGUUGGGUCCAUGGACGAGGGGUUCGAGCCUAAUUCCGUGGAGGCCUACAAGAGGACUGUCGAUGAGCUGCGGCAAAAGGGUGUCAAGCCGAGAGUACUUGUCAUCACCAACCCCCACAAUCCUCUCGGGAGGACAUAUCCCCGGUCUACGCUCCUGGCGCUCGCGAAGUUCGCGGAAGAGGAGGAUCUGCAGUUGAUCAUGAAUGAAAUUUACGCCAAAAGCAUAUAUGAAAACAAGGAUUGGCCGGAUGCACCUCCAUUCGUCAGCGCGCUGAGUAUCAACUACGCCAAGGAGCUAGGCAAAUUCGAUAGGUCAAGACUGCACCUGGUGUACGGGAUGAGCAAAGAUUUCUGCGCCAACGGUCUUCGCAUUGGUGUAUUCGUAUCACAGCACAAUCCAGAGCUCAUCACCACCCUCAGCGGUACCGGGUUCUUUGUCAAGGUAUCAUCCAUGGCCGACGCGAUCUGGUCGCACAUCCUAAAAGACCGAGAAUGGCUCGGCUGGUUCCUCGCUGAAAACAAGAAAAGGCUGGGCGAAGCGGCGCAGUUCACGAGGGAGUGGUUCCAGGAGCGGGGAGUAUCUGUUGCGAGGUGUAACGCUGGGAAUUUUUUGAUGGUCCAUAUGGGCAGAAGACUACAGAUUACGACGGAGCAAGAGGAGAUCGCAAUUGGGGACAAGCUGAUUGCUGCUGGCGUAUUCAUCGCCCGAGGUGGAUCAUACAAGCACCCCACGCCCGGAUGGUAUCGCGUAACGUUCUGCUCGGACCCAGCCAAGCUCAGGGUCGCGCUGGAGAGGAUCGAGAAGACUUUGGAUCUGACGCCUAUGGGGAAGGAAUAG